AUACGUAUCUGAGCGAGAGAUUAGAUUUGGUGUUCUUGUUGUUCUCGUGAAUGUCGAACCGUACACGUGUGGAACGAUCGGUACAGUGACGUCGACUUGCGGUGCACUUGCGGUGAACCAUGAGUUCCUAUCAGUUCGUCAAUCCUCUAACAUCGUGCUACGCGGGCCAACAGGCGCAACAACAACCAAGAGCCACCGCUAAUUCACCUGGAGAACCAAUGCAGGCGGCAUCGCCCGCCGGUGGAGAUUACUACAAUCCGAAUGCAGCGGCCACCAGCUACCCUGCACCUUGCUACUCGCCUCAGCAACACUAUCCCCAGCAUCCGUACGCGACUCCAGCGUCAGGAAUGCAGCACACGGCGCCUACGGGCAUGAUAGACUACACUCAGCUGCAACCUCAGCCACGGCUGAGCGCGACCACCACCUCGCAACAGCACAGCCUUCAUCCACAGUCCCAGCAUCAUCCUCAACAGCAUCAUCCGCAGCAGCAGCUACACCAGGACCCGACGACGCCGCUUUUGCAAGCCGCUUCCGCGCCAUCGGCACCGUCCACGUCGAGCUGCAAAUACGCCGAUUCGACGUCGUCUACCAGCGUAGCGUCGCCUCAGGAUCUGACAACGUCCACCUCGAGAAAUAGUCCGACGCCUUUGGUGGCACCUGGAACGAGCAAGGCCGCGUCAGGUCUCACCUCGCCGCCAGGAAGCUCGUCGAGGUCGUCGGUUGCCGCAUCGGCCUCGUCUCCUGCGAGUGGAAGUUCCAGACCUGUGCAAGAAGGAAGCUCAACGUUGACCACUGCGUCGUCCGCAUCCUCGCCAGCGUCCUCCACUUCGAGCACCUCCAGUACCGGGAACAAUUCGUCGAACAAAGGGAACGCAUCCGGCAGCAAUCCUCCGCAGAUUUACCCGUGGAUGAAGAGGGUGCACAUCGGACAGAGUACGGUGAACGCAAACGGCGAGACGAAGCGACAGAGGACGUCUUACACCAGGUACCAAACCCUCGAGCUGGAGAAAGAGUUCCAUUUCAACCGUUACCUGACGAGGCGGCGUCGCAUCGAGAUCGCUCAUGCCCUCUGCCUGACGGAACGUCAGAUCAAGAUCUGGUUCCAGAAUCGGCGGAUGAAGUGGAAAAAGGAGCACAAGAUGGCGAGCAUGAACAUUGUACCGUACCACAUGUCGCCGUACGGCCACCCUUACCAGUUCGCGCCCCACCCAGGCCAGUUCGCUCACUUGGCCACAUAG